GUAGUACGAUUGGGAAGCGAUCGCCGGUUAUUAUUUUCGUCUUCGACAAAUAAAGUCUCUCUCGCUCUCUCUUUCUCCCGCAUUUCAAAAAAAUUUCCCGAAAUUAGGAGUGAGGUCUUCGACUCUACUGAUUUUCACUCUCUCUCCCCUGUUUGUUGCGGAAAGGAACCGAUUUACCGCUCUCUAUUCGCCGAUGGAUUUAAACUCCUGGGGAUAUAGAGCUCAUCUAGAUCUAUGCACGGUUUCCAAAAGAUUCUGUCUGACACGCCUUAUCUCAAGUCCUUAACCGUAUUUGUCUGUGGAGUUUUGUCUGAUGCACUUAUUGGAUGUUAACUCUUGAAAUGGCUGGAGAUGCUUUAAAGGAUUUGAAUAAUCUUCCUGUGUCUGAGAGGAAGAGUGACUGUAAAGGGGGUUUAACCAAGCCCUGUGUGGGAAAGGUGAAUGAAAAAGCUGAAGCUAUCCCAUCACAAAACUCUAGCUCCUUAGAUACCAGUAAUCCCGAGGGCUUUGGAAAAGAGAAGCCAGAGUCCGAAAAAGCUAAUGCGGAAGUGGAGUACAUUGAAUCUGAAGAAUUAACUGACAUAAGCAAUGUUGACACUAUUCUGAAUUCACUUCUUCCUGGACUGGACUCCAAGGACUGGGUAUCGGUUUGUGAUUCGCUUAAUAACGUUCGCCGGCUGUCUAUGUUCCACAAGGAAGAAAUGCAGCAUAUGAUGGAAAAGGUGAUCCCACUCGUUGUGAAAUCACUGAAGAAUCCGAGAAGCGCUGUAUGUAAGACUGCGUGUAUGACAUCGGCAGACGUCUUCAGUGCAUAUAAUGACCAUAUAUUGGAUUUGUUGGAUCCUCUGCUUACUCAGCUCCUUCUUAAAUCCUCCCAAGACAAGCGGUUUGUUUGCGAGGCAGCAGAGAAGGCUUUAGUAGCAAUGACCACAUAUGUUUCCCCUACCUUGCUGCUGCCAAAGCUGCAACCUUGUCUCAAGAAUAAGAACCCUCGAAUCCGCGCUAAGGCUGCCAUGUGCUUUUCUCGAAGCGUUCCCCGACUGGGCGUCGAAGGCGUCAGAGAAUACGGAAUCGACAAACUAAUCGAAGCAGCAGCGUCUCAGCUCAGCGACCAGCUGCCCGAAUCACGUGAGGCAGCCCGUACGGUACUACUGGAGCUGCAGAGCGUGUACGGAAAAACUCAACUUAUGGAACAGGAGAUGUCGAUGGAAAAUCCAGAGGAGGCAACCACCUGGGAGGUCUUCUGCCAAUCAAAACUCUCCCCUCUAAACGCACAGGCCGUUCUACGUGUCACCAAUGCCAACGUGGCUUCCCGGGAGGGUCUCGUUACGGAGUCAUGACGCCAACCAAGAUCGCUUUUUCACCUGUGAGUACCGAUAAAAUCACCCUCCUCUCUUGUUCUUCUUCUACUGUUUUUUUUAACUCUUUUUCUGUUCUUAUCACAUUUAAGUGCUCUUCUAGAGAGAGAGCAAAUCCCAUUAUUUGUGUCUUGUUUCUGAGGUUUCUUUUCCCACCUUUCCCCGUCGUUCUUGUUUUUGUGCGCGUUUGUGUGUGUGUGUAUAUACCAAGAGACCGUGAAAUACAUUUGAACUUUUGGUUAAGCAAAAUUAGUCGGAUUGCUGGAAACUUCAGUGGU